AACAAAAAAUCAGCAAACUUAACUUAGUAAAAUAUCAAAGUAAAAAGGACAUAAUCUAUUGGUUCAGGCACAAUUACAAAUAUACUUAUUUCAUGCUGAUGGUUAAGAUGAUGGUUAAGACGAAAUUCUGAGGAAAUGAAAUUCACUUAUUCAAGGAUAAAAUGUGUCACAAUUUUUUAUUUCUACUAUUGCACUGCACAGAAUAUAGCAGACGGCAAGUGUCACAUCAAAGAGUUGAACAGGUCAGGAUGUCCAUAUGGUAGCAAUUUAUCACAAGCUGAAUGUGAGGCAUAUAACUGUUGCCAUAACAACACCUCAUCUCCAAGAUGCUACAAAAAAGACCCAAUAUGUCAAAAGCUGGGUUGUGAAAUAGACAAUGAAACGGGACAUCUACAAUGUCCAGAUCCAUUCAAGAUUGAGAUAGCACGAGUGAAAAAUAUCGCUGAAGGAACAUGCAAUGGCGUGGAGAAAUGUGAAACAAUUAUCCGUAAACCAAAUAAUACUAGAAAACAAUGCAAUAAUCGAACAAUUUGUAGAUUCACUGGAAUGAUUGACGAAGGUAAAAAAUAUGAGAAGUGUUCGACGUUCAUUAAUGGAAGCCCCACGGAGCACAAUACUACUACACAAGAGAUCUGCUAUAGGUGUUACCCUUUCCCAACCACCAGCCAACUUACAACAACUAUGAAAUACACACAUCAUACAAGGACCUAUGAUAAUGAUGUGACAACACAAGAUGAUGAAAAAUCCAGAAAAACAACCAAUAAAAUGGAUUUCCAAACACUGGCGUUGAUAACAACUGUAACAACAGUGGUGCUUUUGAUAUUAGUUAUUCUAGUAGUAGUUUAUAUAAUUGUACGAAGACUCAGAAAGAGACGUAGAAGUAGAGCAUCCAGUGCAGUGAUGGAUUCUUUAAACCCUUCAACGUGGGACUUUUCUGCAGACUCUGGUCAUUCAACUGGUGCUUCAACAUAUGUUCAUCCUUACAAUGAAAUCGAUGAAUCACAGAUGCUACCAAUAACUGAUAGCACUUAUCCAUAUCAAUAUGUUGAGAGAAUACCACUCAGAGAUUUGGAUCCCGAAGCCACUGAAAAUUAAUUUUGACAUGAAUCCAUAUACAAUAAUACCUGUAUAUCCAAAAAACCUGUCUCAUCCUACCACAUCUUAUCAGUAUAGUGAACACUUUUUCUCUAUCCUGUCAACUCCCAAUCAAUGUGUACGUAUAUUAAGGAAGCUCGUAAUGAGAACACCUGCUAAUCUGAACACUUUUGGCCAGUCCGAGUGGUGUUUGGAUUAGGAAGGGUAUACUAUUAUCUAA